UGGUGACCUUUGAGGAGGUGGCCGUGCAUUUCUCGGAGGAGGAGUGGGCUCUGCUGGAUCCAGGCCAGAGGACUCUGCACAAAGAAGUCAUGGAGGGGAAUCAUGGGAUUCUGGCCUCUUUGGGUGAUCACAGGGAGAGCAAGAAAAAUGGCCUACAACAGAGAAGGAAAACUGAAACUGAAGAGAAGUGGGAAAACAAAUCCAUUUCUUUUGAAGGAUCAGAAGUCUGUGAAACUCCAAUACUAGAAGCACCAAGUAAAAAUAACAUUCGUAAAUGGAAGAAACAGAGUAAAACUCAGAAGAUUCAUUCUAACAAAUAUAAAAGGUUUCAGUGCUUAGUGUGUGAGAAACAAUUCACUUUCAACUCACAACUUAACUUGCAUCAAAGAAUUCACACUGGGGAGAAGCCCUAUAAAUGUUUAGAUUGCGGAGAGAGCUUUGCUCGGAGCACAAGCCUUAAGUAUCAUCAAAGAAUUCACACUGGGGAGAAGCCCUAUAAAUGUUUAGAGUGCUGGAAGGCCUUUGCUCAAAGCACACACCUUAAGCAGCAUCAAAGAAUUCACACUGGGGAGAAGCCCUAUAAAUGUUUAGAGUGCGGGAAGGCCUUUGCUCGGAGCACACACCUUAAGUAUCAUCAAAGAAUUCACCCUGGGGAGAAGCCCUAUAAAUGUUUAGAGUGCGGGAAGACCUUUGUUCUGAACUCAAACCUUCAGCUGCAUCAAAGAAUUCACACUGGGGAGAAGCCCUAUAAAUGCUUAGAGUGCGGGAAGACCUUUGCUCAGAGCAGACACCUUAAGCAGCAUCAAGGAAUUCACACUGGGGAGAAGCCCUAUAAAUGCUUAGAAUGCGGGAAGAGCUUUGCUGUCAGCGCAAGCCUUAAGCGGCAUCAACGAAUUCACACUGGGGAGAAGCCCUAUAAAUGCUUAGAAUGCGGGAAGAGCUUUGCUGUCAGCGCAAGCCUUAAGCAGCAUCAACGAAUUCACACUGGGGAGAAGCCCUAUAAAUGCUUUGAGUGUGGAAAGACCUUUGCUUACAUCAAAAGCCUUAAGUUACAUCAAGGAAUUCACACUGGAGAGAAUCCCUAUAAAUGCUUAGAAUGCGGGAAGAGCUUUGUUUACAGAAGAAGCCUUAAGCUGCAUCAAAAGAAUUCACACUGGGAAGAAGCGCUAUAAAUGCUUAGAAUGAGGAAAGAGCUUUCCAAAGGAAGUGAGGCAGGUGGCUACCAGGAGGAGGGCCUUCUCUGCUGUGGCACCCCGACUGUGGAAUGAGCUCCCUAAGGAGAUUCGCUUGGCACCUACAUUAUAUGCCUUUAGACGCCAGGAGGGGAGAUAAGAACCAGGCAGCUGCAUGAGGGGGAGCCAACCGGAGCCAGGCCGAUUGUAACUGUCCAGUGUCCUUGAGUGAUUAGCCAUCCCGGGCUGAAGUGUGAAGAAACUCCACGCAUCAAAGCCGAAGGGACGGGGGAAGGAGUAAAAAGAAUAGUAUAAAGACCCACCUGUGAAGGGAACAGGGAGGUGUCUGCUGAGUGCGGUCUGGGUGACGUAUAAUUUUGUAGUUUUAGUCUUUAGCUUGCUGUACUGAGUUCUUACAUUUUUAUGCAUGUUUAAUAAGUUUUACUCUGCUAAUCCCAUGUAUUCCUACCCUUUUCUAAAAUAAAUGGUCUUAAACCUCA